AUGAUCCAAUAAGCUUAAAUGGAUUUUAAAGUUCGUCAUGUCUCGUGGCAAGAAACGAGACUUCAUACUGAUUUUCUAGUCGAGUGAUUACUGCCGUAUAUCUAAAAACACUGUUCCUAAGAGUUUAUAUAACAUAAAGUUAACAAAUUUACCUAUAAUAAUGAAGCAGAAUAUUUUUAAAAAUGUUCUUUCAUUUUCAACAAAUGAAGAGAGAAAGGAAUUUAAUCAAGUGGAAAUAGAAAUAAAACUAAGUGGAAGUGAGAAAGAUAAUGUGAAAACAGAUACCCAAUCAGCAUAAUAGUUAUCAGGUAUAUUUAUAUUGUGUUUUAAUAUCAAGGGCGCAAAAUAGGUGAUUCAAACGAUGGCGAGAUUGUUAAAAAAAAGUUUUGCAGUCGUAAGUGACGAUGCAAAUCACGAUUCCUCUAAUGCACUUGUAGCAAAGCAUCGAAUUCACGAAACAUUGGAAUAACUGAACAAUGUUAGUUAGCGGAGGAAAUAACGAAUGUAUCAGAUGGAGCAGUAUUUCAUUUUAAAAACCUUUAUCCAUACUAUAAAAUUACUAGGUCGUCAAAAAAAUAAAUUGAAUAUUUUCAGCCACAGGACAAGGCAAAGAAUCUUGUGAUGGUAUUGGUGGAUUCAUUAAACAUUAUGCAACUAACCACAAUUUAAGAAAAAUAAACAUGAAAUGAAUAGAUAAUGUUAAAGACAUUUGUAACUGUCGUAUAAAACUAUACUACUGCGAUAAGUCUGGUAUAUGUUCCAAAAAGAAAAAUGGAACUUUUUAGAAAAAUUGGAUAGAGUGGAGAAAAGAACCUACGAUUGAAGGCAUUCAAAAAAGUCAUCUUUGGAAACUUGAUGAAAAUAGAUCCUACGUAGCUAGAGCCGCAAAUCAUUAAUUAAGAAAAGUUAAAUAACUCCAAAAUCCAAAUGCUCCAUGAUAUUCAAGGCAAUUAAUGGGUCUUUCUUGCCUCAACAACUGACGGUUUGCUUUAUUCCAGAAAGAGAGAUGGAGGUAUCGGUCUUCCUAGAAUAAAAAAUAUAGUUGGCAUUGCCAAGUUGAAGAGUUGGCUUAAAAUGUCAAUCUCUAAAGAUCUUACAUCUAGAGAGGUGGCUAAUUCGGAGGAAAAUUUAAAAACAAUCAGGAUGUUUGUUCGGGUCAUGGGCGUUGGAUUCCCGUUCGAUAAUAAGAUCUUGAAUCGAACUAAAAUGAAAUUGAAGACCAAUGAGGUGCACCACUGGGCUGCCCUUGCUUCACAGGGGCAGGGUGUACCUUGGUUCGUGGGCGACCCCGUCUGCAAUUGUUGGCUGUAUAACUAUAAAUUAUUAAGACCUUCUAUAUUCAUUACGGCGUUGCAAAUGAGAUCAAAUACUUGCGGGGUGAAAUCUGUUCUUUACAGAGGAAGACCGCAAGUUAACGCUGAUGCAGUCCUUUGCAGGCGGUGUCGUGCGCGACCAGAGACGUGCGCACAUGUUCUGGGGUAUUGUUCCUUCGGCAAACCUUAUAGAAUUAAAAGGCAUAACGAGAUAGUAGAUCUGAUAAUCUCAAAAAUAAAUAUACGUGGAGGUGCCAUCAAGGUGAUGAAAGAGCCUGAAGUAGUGAUAAAUGGAGCCCCUCUGAAACCAGAUCUAAUCGUGGUGGAGGAGGAGGCCGUGUACGUCAUUGACGUUACAGUGAGAUACGAAAACGAGCAAUCUUUAUUCGAGGCAAAAAGGGAAAAAGAGGAAAAAUAUCAAUCAGUUGCAAAUCACCUUGCUGGCAUCUUCCACAGGGUUGCCAGUGUGGCACCAGUAGUAGUUGGCUCCAGGGGGGCGCUUCCGCACUUUACGGUCCGCACGCUCGAGAGAUGUGGCUUUGUUAGGGCAGAUUGUGUGACAACAUCUUUGAUAGCUCUAAGAACCUCUAUGGAAAUGUUUCAUCAGUUCUUAGACGGUUGAUGGUCGAGUGUCGCGGGAAGUCAUAAGGGGGUUCUUUUUUGUUUUGAAUACCUUUGGCUUAAUGAAUUUUAUUUAUUAUUUUUUUUUUUAUUUAUUGACUAAUUAAUAAAAUGUUCCUUACGUGGGUGGGGCAACACCAUAUAGCACGCCACGGAAUGUAAUGCAAAUGCAAAAGCAAACUUUGUUUUGCUUUGGUUUUUAUUAUUUUAAGUGCAUUACCGUAAGUAGAUGCUGAUGGAAAUUGUAAUAUUACAAAAGAAAAUUUAAACAGAAAUUUGGAGAAUUUUUACAUUCCAUUAAAUAUAAAUAAAAUUGUCAUGGAAAGUGACAUUAAUAUAAAUCGAAGUUUGCAGGUUAGGUAACCCGGCUGGUAUAAAUACUGUAAUUUAAUAACCUGCUAUCGUCACCUAGCUUGUAAACUUGGACUUUGAACCCGCUUUACAUGACAAUAAAAUAAAGUUGUUGAACACUUUUAGUAUAAAUAUACUUUAUGGUUUUUACCAUUAUACAUGUGUAAGUAAUAGUUAACAUAAUACUUGAUUUCAAGUACUAAUUAUUAUCAGUACUCGUUAUGGAACUAUUUACCAGAGUAGACUUGUCAACAAUCUACCAACAACAUUUUCGACUUUGAUAAAUCGAGUUCAUUUGACAAAUGAUUUUGGUGUGUUAAUAAUUAUACAUGCAAUUUUAAAAUUAAAUUGAAAUUAUUAACUGCUUUUAAAUUUAAUUUCGAUAUUCUGUUAUGAAAAUUAGCCAUCAGAUGAUUUACUGGAACACACAUCUCGACAAUCCUUAAACAACAUUUUAAACAUUGUAAAAUAUAGUAAAAAUGACUAAUGAUAAACUUUAUGUACAUGCAAGCAGCGAUUAGCAUAAUUAAAAAGUUCUUUUUUGAGGUUUAAUUUCGAAUGUCAGUUACCAGGAUUUGUUGUUGAACCAAUUAGUAGAGCAGACAUAGCGACAAUCUGGGAAAUUUUAGAACAAUCGAGUACGAAUUACUUUUGCAUGUUCAUAUUUAUACUAUAUGUAAGUUUGAAUUUAAAUAAUCAACGUUUACUUGGUUUUUGUAUCAAACUCGUUAAUCUACUAUCAAAUCAUUUACUCGAUCAGUCAAAGCAAGAAACUUCGAAUGUUACUUUACAUUUUGCACAGUCAAUGUCUUCUUGAAUGUUUGAUUUCACGUUUAUUGACUCGACUGUGAACUGUUGGGCUAUUACCUAGAGAAUACCCUAAAUCAUAUGAUAUUAGACCAACAGUACACAUUCUGCCUGUCAAAUUUAAUUUAUUUACAUUUUUUUAUUAAAUUUUUUUUAAUAUCGAGUCAAUAAAUGUGAAAUCGAAAGAUUCAAGAGGACAGAAUUGACGGUGAGAAAGCAGAAUUGACCGUAUCCCUAAAUAAUGUUUUCACUCGAAAACGUAUUGGCAGAAACUCACAGGCAAUUCUAUUCGCUCAUGGCCAGUCCUGCCUUUUUUACUAUGAACACAAAAACACUUCAGUGAAUUCUUAAAUAAUUCCAUUUUACAAUUUUUAAAUUGUUGUUUAAUGAAAGUUGAUUUAUAAUUUAAAGUACUUCUCAGCAUUUUAUAAAAUUUUAAUAAAUUUAUAAUAUUUUUUAUUUGUGUGCAAAAAAAAUUGUAUAACAAUUUCAUUCCAUAAUUUUUAUAUUAUUAUUAGAAAUAAAUAUAUUCGUGUAUAACUAAUGUCUUUCUAUAUCAAUUUGCUACAAUAGUAAAAAUACAUACAACUAGUUUAUAGAAAAAUUAUUUAUACAUUGUUGACUACAGAUCGGUCAUUCUGACAAUUUGGUCGUCCCGAACAACCGUAAUAAUUGUAAAAGACAAGCAGAUAUUUUUUAUUCGUUUUCCAACACCCCAUGUAGAAAUUAAGAUUGGAAUUUAAUGGGGCUCUAGUCAGAAUUCCCUAUCCGUAGUGGGGCACUGAUUAGGGAAAACAUUUGGAACCCAACUACUUUCAUAACGGUCAUCAGAUCGGGUACUAGUCAAGAAUAUCUAGUCGGGAACUAGCAAGUAAAACUAGCUGCUACCCUACUAGUGUAAAAGAAGCGUACCCUUUUAGAUUUUUAUUAGUAUUAAUUGUGAACUACAUUUAAGUUGAAAUUAUAUUAGUUUUAAUCAUAGUUAUUUACAAAUUUUAAUACAAAAGUAAUAUUAGCAAAUUAAAUAUUACACUACGUUUUGUAAUUGAAACAAUAUUUAUAAGAUUUAAAAGUUUAGAAAUAAUUUUGUCACCUCAAAUAGGUGAGAAUCUACUCCCGAAAAGAAAGCAGCAACUCCUCAAGGGCUGCUAUACCCAUGUGAAGCCUGCAGCCUACCCAAAAUUCUUUCAGUGUGGUAUAAUCAAAUUUUUCUGUUUCUAAAAAUCUUUAUCUUCAGAAAAGUCUCUUCAAAGGUUGCUGAAAAAAUUCAACCAUUAUUAGAAAUAGUCAACUAACGUACAAAUAAAAUAAACAAACACACUUUCACAUUAAAAAUAUUUACUCAUUUUUUUUAAAAAAUUAAUUAUUUACCUGCAUGACCUUUCAAAAUGAUUGGAUAAGCUGGCCAAUCUGCGGGUGCUGGUGCAUCAGCCUAUAAUAAAUCAGUCAAUAAUCUUUGAUAAGGUGUAUAAGGUGUAUAAUCUGUAUAAGAUGGUGGCAUAAAUUGGCAUAGAAGCCCAUUCUCUUCAUUGUCGAAGAAAAUCCAAUGCUUGCAUGCGAAGUCGAUAUCCUUAACACUACUUACACUGUUUUUAUCAGAACAUAUGAAUUCGAAAAGCAAGUAUUUUUUAAUUAUUUUUCCUUUUCUUGAUGUCAUUUUUCAAUACUACGAAUAAUAAAAUUAACUUUCAGUUAAUUCAUAAACUACGAGUGAAUAGAAUAACGAGCAAGUAAGUGAAUUAGCAAACAUUCUUAGCUGUUGUUGUAUUAAAAAAGUAACAAUUCUAACUUCUAUAAGUUUUAGUGUUUAAACUACAAUUAUGGGCCUAUUAAUAUACUUUUAGUAUGAAUAUUUACAGUUGUCUUCUCUUUAAGAAAUACCGAUCACUUUAGUAAUAAUGGAUUUUCAUUGAUAUUUGGAAAUUGCAAUAUAUUUUCGUUAAUCUUCGUUUCACACGUUUCACAGAACUGAUGCACACGUGAAAAAAGAAAUAUGUCUCCCGCUUGGACCCAGAAACACUUAAUACAAAAACUGAGUUGGAUUUAAGGAACGGGGCAGAAAUUAAAUAUACAAAGUGAGCAAAUCAUAUUAGUAGACAAGCGCAAAAGCAGUUCAAGAUUUUCAAAUUCUUAUCAUCAGUUUUAAGAAAUAAAGGAACAGAUAUGGCGCUUAGAUUGAAAUUUAUUAAAAAUUAAAUAGUUUAAAUUUUAAUUUUUUAAAAGUAAAAGGUGUUUUUACUGUUUAGAACAAUGAUUAGAAAUAAAAACAAGUUGAAAAUUAUGUUCGUUUUAUAGACAAUUUCACUUCUUU